AAGGAGGGAAAACACCCUGGACCAGAUCGGCUGCACCAGUUCACCCGUGAAAUCGCUGCUGGGCAGCUUUCUCUUCCACGGAGCGGGAGGGAGGGAUGGGUGGGUUAACGCGGUCACAGCGAAGAUUUGCGGCCAGCGCGCGAGAGGGGAGCUGUCUCUCCGGCGCGUCUCAGGCGCUCAGCAUCCUUCCCGCGGAGAAGAUGCGUCAACAGUUUGGAAGAUUAUUGUGAAUGGUGUGAAUUUCCUCGGAUGGCAGGUGGGCAUUGGCUUGGCUUGCGGCACAGCUGCUGGGGGCGCAAAGUGUCGCGGGUGGGGGGCUGCUUGAACCCAACUGUUCCUCUUCAGAACUUCGCAAUAUGGAGAUGCGGACUGAUGGAGGAGCUGAUGAUCUGAAGGAACUAUCUGUAUCUGCUGCAGUGGCUGUGGAAUUUUCACUCAACAGUGGCACUAAGACGCGACAACUGGAUUGAUUUUUUUUUCUCCCACGAUUCUCUCACGAUUCUUCUGUAAUGGUUUAACAGAAGCUUUAAUUUAACAGAACUACACAUGACAGGAAUUCCUCCCAAUUCUUACUGGAUAUCCUAACCGGACUGAGACCUCACCUGCAUCAGGACCAGACCUUCAAAACAGAGAGAAGAUGCCUUUUCAUCAUGUGAGAGCAGGGUUGCUUUACACGGACAACUUCCUGACCCACUCGCUCGAUGAAAUCAGCGAGGAGCAGCUCGCCAGCAUCUCCACUGAAGAGCUGGGUGAGAUCCGGGAGGCGUUCCGGGUGCUGGACAGGGAUGGGAACGGUUUCAUCUCCAAGCAGGAGCUGGGCAUGGCUAUGCGUUCGCUGGGCUACAUGCCCAGUGAGGUGGAGCUGGCCAUCAUUAUGCAGAGGCUGGACAUGGACGGUGAUGGACAGGUGGACUUUGAUGAGUUCAUGACAAUACUGGGACCUAAGCUUCUAUCAAACGAGACCAGAGAAGGCUUCCUGGGCAGCACUAUAGACAGCAUCUUCUGGCAGUUUGACAUGCAGCAGAUGUCUCUGGAGGAGCUGAAACAAGUCCUGUUCCAGGCUUUUCGGGACCACCUGACCAUGAAGGACAUAGAAAACAUCAUUGUGAACGAGGAGGAGAGCCUAAAGGAGAACUCAGGAAACUGCCAGACUGAAUUUGAAGGAGUUCACUCUAAAAAGAAGAAUCGCCAGACAUGCGUCCGCAAGAGCCUCAUCUGCGCUUUUGCGAUGGCCUUCAUUAUCAGCGUCAUGCUUAUUGCGGCCAAUCAGAUGUUGCGUAAUGGUAUGGAGUAGCCCCGCCCACUGUGAACUCUGGGUAAUCUUACCUGUGCUCUACUUAACCUAGUCAUUCAAGAAAAGUACACUUUAUUAUAUUAAUCUGUUCAUAAUCAGGCUCGCGGAGAGCGAGCUUGAGGAGAAGAAGCGUUUGGAUGUAAUGCACUGAGUGGUAAGAACUCUAUUGAACUCUAGAACCUCCAGAUUUUCAGGCAUGGACGAAGUACCACUUUAUCAACUCUACUGGAGCCACCAUUUGGAUGUGAUAAAUGAGACACAAAAAGAAGACCUAAUGAAACUUCACCUAAGAGGUGUUUACCCUCCCUUUAUCUCUCUGACAGAGAGACACAAGGGCUCUUCCCUGGUGUCCCUUCAAUGCAAUAAGACCCAGGGCCUCUAUACCUGCAUUCGUGUCUACAUUUCUACAUGUCUCUUCAAGCUGUGAAAGCAAAGACAUCUGUCUGGAUGAUACCAGACACCACAUCAUCCAAACUGUGAGUAAUGAGGAGGAGACUGAUUGGCAGUGGCCUCCUGCGAACAUCUCCCAUCGAGCUCAGUUCAUUGUCUCUGUGUGAUCAGGCACGAGCAUGCUUGUGUAAGUAUUUCAUCCUAACUGAUUGGUAACAAUAAAAAACACACUGUUUGAAGAAAGAAAAGGGAACUCUGUAUUAAAGCACACUGAAUAAUAAACUGAUUUAUAAUUAGGAAUGUAUAGUAAUAGUAUAUAUAUAUAUAUAUAUAUAUAUAUAUAGCUAAAGUAUGUCAGUGCAAGUACACUGGCAGUCAGAAAGAAUUGCUCAAGUGUUGUUCAAGUAUGUAAGGAUCACUUAAACACCAAAACAAACUAAGCCAAACAGACUAAAAGACAACUAAAGCCCCAUUUCUAUUGGAUUAGAUUUUACAUGUCUUCAACAAGUUUUUACAUCCAUAUGGCAAUAAAAUCACAAGUUGAUUUUCUUUUUUAUUUUAGAAAAUUGUUGUGUAGAGAUUUGGAAAGUGUUUAAUAUCCACUGGAGGAGCUUUAAUAUGUGCAUUCAGAGGCUGAAUAUGGUGCUUUAAAAGUCUGUGCUACCUUCUUAAAUCAUUUUAGGAUAAUAUUAACGCAGAUCUGACUUUAACAUACACAAGCUAGAAGUUAGAAUAAUAAUCCUGCGUUGAAAUUAUAUCUAGGGAAAUUAAAAAAAUGAAAAACAAGCUACAAAACAUUAUCAGGCUUAAAUAUGCAUAUGCUUUUAAGUGGUGCUUUUAUAUGGUAUACAUGUAGAAACGUAAUAGUCAUUGUUAAAAACACAAUAAAAUGAAAGAAGAUUUAAGCCCUAUUUGAGUAAUGUUUUAAUCUACAGGGGUUGGACAAUGAAACUGAAACACCUGUCAUUUUAGUGUGGGAGGUUUCAUGGCUAAAUUUGAGCAGCAUGGUGGCCAAUUGCACAUUGCACCAGUAAGAGCAGAUUGUAAAGGUUCAAUUAGCAGGGUAAGAGCACAGUUUUGCUCAAAAUAUUGCAAUGCACACAACAUAAUGGGUGACAUACCAGAGUUCAAAAGAGGACAAAUUGUUGGUGCACAUCUUGCUGGUGCAUCUGUGACCAAGACAGACAGCAAGUCUUUGUAAUGUAUCAAGAGCCACGGCAUCCAGGGUAAUGUCAGCAUACCACCAAGAAGUAUGAACCACAUCCAACAGGAUUAACCGUGGACGCAAGAGGAAGCUGUCUGAAAGGGAUGUUCGGGUGCUUACCCGGAUUGUAUCCAAAAAACAUAAAACCACGGCUGAUCAAAUCAUGACAGAAUUCAAUGUGCACCUCAACUCUCCUGUUUCCACCAGAACUGUCCGUCACCACAAUAAAUGAUUGUGGUCUAAAACCAGGUGUUUCAGUUUCAUUGUCCAACCCCUGUAUAUAAUGGUAAGAACUACUCAACCUCAAGCGCGAUAUCUGCUGAACUUUCCUCACCCCUUAGCCCAUCCACAAAAAAAAACAAUAUGAGCAAUUUUUUUAAGACUGCUAGUAUGUUUGCAUAUGUACAUGUUAGCGAUGUGUAACAUUACACAUACAGUGUUCCAUGAUUUCUGCACCAUGGUGUGAUACAUUGUUGACACAUAUGUAAAGAAAGAAAUGCCAGCAUUCAUUUUGCUUUACUUUUUUGUCCAAAUCAAGACCGCAGCACUUGGUGAGAGCGUAAUUAACACAAACAAGCCAUUUUUUAACAUGAUAAAUACAUGAUCAUGGAGUAUUUUAAUUUAAUAGUGGGAAAAAUUCCACUUAACGACAGGAUUCCUGAUGUCUUGCUUUUUUAUAGCAUGAAAAUGUACUCACAACCUGCAGAGCCUCACAACCUGCAUAUCAGUUAAAUAAUGUGAAUCCCAACAUCCAGAUUUACAGUACUGUGCAAAGGUUGUAGGCAUUAAGCACAUUAUUUAAAACCGUUUCUUUCAAUCAUAAGAGUGUUUUUACUUAUAAAACCAACAUCUCACAUUAGAACAAUUGCAAGUAGCAAGAGUUAAGAUCCAAAUGUAUUUUGAGACCCCAGCCAGCGCAUUUAUGUCUUCAAUUCAUCACCUGCUCACCUUAUUUAGCAUAAUUUGAAUCCUGUUUAUGUAGCUUGCCGUCAGCUGCCAGAGCCCUGAGAGAGCACAAUUGGCCUUGCUCUCUCUCUGGGUGGGUAGAUGGCACUCUCUCCCCACAUCAGCACAAGCACAACAGCACAAGGCAUCUGUGAGCUGAUGUAUCGGAAUUAAGUCGCUGCGCUUUCCUCCGAGCGUGCUGUGAUGAUACUUGGCAAGUUCAAAAAGAGGCGGAGCCUGACUUCACAUUUAUUGGAGGAGGCAUGUGCUAGACUUCACCCUCCUGGUGUUGGGGUAUCACUAGUGAUAGGGGGAAUCCCAAUGAGCGGGUUGGGUAUUUGGUCGUGCAAAUUGGGAAGAAAAUUAUUUUUUAAAAAUAAGCAUAUGUAAUGUUAAUUAGGUGAUUGCAUGAAUAUUCUCUAACAUUAGCGACUAACUUCUCCAGAAGUGUCUAUGAUGAAUUAUUGGACUUUUUGGUCCACUUUUGAAGAUCAUUUCAGUUCAUGCUCAGAACCAGCGAAUGCAGCAUUCGGUGCUUUAGUGCACCUGGAAUAAACCAAUCUGUGUCCUAAAGGAAUACUCCAGCAUUUUCCAACUCAAUCUCGAUCUGCUGCAGCUGCAGCGUAGACUCGAUUACCACGGGCAGUCGUUCUGACACAUAAUAGACAAUAAGAACAGAAAGCCCACUGCUGCCUCAAAGCACCCUUUUAAUAAAAGCCAUUGGGAAAAUGAUUCAGCACCUGUCCAUUGACUUCUAUUGUAAGUGUGUUCCAAAUGGAUGGGUUUUGGCCUUUAGUGCUCUUUUUACUGCAGGUAUAGAGAUUUACAGAAAAUACAGCGUAUCAACAAUAAAUAAAUCAACCACAGGCUACAGGUAUAGCAGAUAGAGAUUAGUCAAAAAUGACCCAUAAUUAAUGAUAAUCCUCAUACCCUGUUGG